UAUCAAGCUUGUUUAUAAAAAGGUUUAAUUAACUCAAUUUGCAUAAAGGUUCAUACUUGAGUAUGAGCAGUUGUUCGACUCGACUAGUUUCUCUCUCAUUUCAUGGCAUGCCAAACGCGGCAUAAGCAUAAACUGAAAAUAAAUUGGAACACAAAGGCCUUUUGGUCCCCCUCGUCGUUAUCAGUCCAUUAUUAAGAACCAAGAAAAGAGAAAAAACCUCAGUCCAAAGUUCCUGAAACCAGACAAACCCAGAUUAAAAAAAAAAAGUAUGGCCGAUGAAACCGCCGCAUCCACACAGCCCCAGCCGCCGGCCUCGGUGGAGCAAACCGAAGGGCCGCCGCUCCAAGAACCGGAGCCCUUCAACGAGCUCCCUCCCCCGCCGUCGGUCGAACCGGAAUCCCUCCCCGAACCGCCCCUAGCUUCGGUGCCGCUGGACCUGCAGCAGGACUCUCCCCCGCCGGUGGUCGAGGACAAGCUGAAAGAGGCCGUGACGGUGGUCGAAAAAGACACCCCUCUGGAUCCCCCGCCGCCCGAGCCACCGCUCGCGGCCGAGCUCGUCACCGUCUCCGCCGCCGCCGUUUCCCAGCCGCUAGCAGCGGCUCUGGCGGUGCCGCAGGAAUCCGAAUCCCCGAAAAUCGAACCCAAAGAGGUAGUGUUGCCGGAAAAGGAGAAACAGACAGCAGAAAAGCUUAAAGCGCCGGAAUCAUUCGCUUCUUUUAAGGAGGAGAGCAACAAGAUCUCAGAUCUGUCCCAUCCCGAGCUGAAAGCUCUGGAAGACUUCAAGCUCCUAGUUCAAGAAGCACUUAAAAAUGGAGUCUUUAGCUACGGGUCCACCUCCGAACCCUCCAAACAUCCCGAAGAAGUAUCGAUUUGGGGAGUGCCCCUUUUGAGUGACGACAGGAGCGAUGUCAUCCUGCUCAAAUUCCUACGAGCCCGCGAUUUCAAAGUGAAGGAAUCAUUUUCCAUGCUAAAAAACACCAUGAAAUGGAGGAGGGACUUCAAUGUGGAUGAACUAAUUAAGGAGGAUUUGGGGGACGAUCUUGAAAAAGUAGUCUUUAUGCACGGUCACGACAAAGAAGGGCACCCGGUGUGUUACAAUGUGUAUGGGGAGUUUCAGAACAAAGAAUUAUAUGCUCGGACAUUCGGGGAUGAGGAGAAAAGAACCAAAUUUUUGAGGUGGAGGAUUCAGUUUCUGGAGAGGAGUAUAAGGAAGUUGGACUUCAGUCCUGGUGGGAUUAAUACUAUCUUUCAGAUUAGUGACCUCAAGAAUUCUCCCGGGCUCGGGAAAAGGGAACUAAGGAUCGCUACUAAACAGGCAUUGCAGAUUCUGCAGGAUAAUUACCCUGAGUUUGUCGCGAAGCAGGUUUUCGUCAAUGUUCCAUGGUGGUACCUGGCUUUCUAUACUAUGAUGAGUCCAUUUCUUACUCAACGGACCAAGAGUAAAUUUGUAUUCUCUGGCCCAACAAAGACUCCUGAAACCCUUUUCAAGUACAUAUUGGCCGAACAAGUGCCGACUCAAUAUGGUGGUCUCAGUGUUGAUUACUGUGAAUGCAACCCAGAAUUUACCGUGGAUGAUCCAGCCAUGGAGAUCACUGUUAAACCUGCUACUAAACAAACAGUUGAAAUUAUAGUAAAUGAGAAAUGCACGCUCGUCUGGGAGCUUCGUGUGGUGGGCUGGGAAGUGAGCUACAGUGCAGAAUAUGUCCCGAACGCUGAACGUGCCUACACUGUGAUCAUACAAAAGUCGAGGAAAAUGCUCCCCACUGACGAGCCUGUUGUGUCCAACAGUUUCAGCAUUAGCGAGCUUGGCAAGAUACUGCUCACCGUUGAUAACCCGACUAGCAAGAAGAAGAAGCUGCUCUACCGGUACAAGGUCAUGCCUUAUGUUGUCCAAUAAUUUCAUUAGUAUGUAAAACAGUAAAAGCUACUUCUUAAAAGUUAAACGUGGGAGUUAUGUGGAAACUUUGUUUUGUGUAAUUGCCUUUGGUGUGUGCUAUGGGGUAUUUUGUGUGCCAUUUACGCAUAGUUGGUUUAUAAAAAUCAUAUUGUGAAUCGAGAAUGAUGUGUCGUUCGUACGAAGAGGCUAUUUUGNAAAGAUAUAUUUUUUGAUUGACAGUGUUUGGAUCGUAUGUUCGUGGCUUUUCUAAUUUUGAAUUUUUCUCCUUUUAUUUUGCAAUCU